CUUUUCGUCUUCACAUGAAAAAACAUUCUCUUAGAACCUCUUGAUUACUUAUGUCAAAAAGCAUAUCUGUUUUCUCUUUGGUUGUUAUUAAGCCAUUAGGGUCUUGUUUUUGAUUAUUUAUCAAGGAACUUAACUCUCAAACUCAGUUGUCUUAGACCUCUGGAAGAUUUUGACUCUAUAAAGUUUGGAUCUUUUUUUUUUGGUAAAAAAGUUUGGAUCUUUUGUAAGGUAUAGUAUUUAAAGUUUUGAUCUUUACUACUUAUUUUUAUAAAGGGCAUUCCUUUGGUGAGUGGAUGAUGAUUUAUGCUGUGGUGAUAGUUCUCUGUUUGUAUUAUCUGCUAAGCUGUAUUUGUUUAGGAAUGGGGAAGCAGUUAAAGAAAGGUCGAGCUCCUCCAGGUGGGAAGAAGGUAACUAAGCAAAGCGCGGAGACAGCUGAGGAUGUGACAGUGAUGGAACAAAGAUCAUGUGUCCACUUUGAUACAUGUGUUGAUUUGGAUAAGCUGUUGAAAAAGAUGAAAGCUUGUAAAGAAAUCAAGUGUGGAGAAUGCAAGAAAGGAGUGCACAUGAAGAGAAGAAGUGAAGAAGUGGGGGAAGUCAGUAGGUUUUCUUUUGCUGCCGCUAAGAAAGCUACUUGGCUUUGCUUGGAAUGUGGCCGUUAUCUCUGCGGAGGUGUUAGUUUGCCCACUGAACCUCAGAGUCAUGUCAUGCGCCACAUCAAGAUGACGUGUCACCGUCUUGUGAUUCAGUGUGAAAACACUCUGUUGAGAUGGUGUUUCGCGUGCCAGUCACUACUCCCUUUUGAGAAAGAAGAGAAUGGUGUGAAGGUAGAUUUGUUGCUGGAAGCUGUGAGACUGAUUAAAGAACGUUCCUCAAACACUUGCUCUGGUGAAACCGAGGCUGGAGAUUCAUGUUCAUCAAGUAGUAUCUCUGGUGAGAUCAAAGGUUUAGAAGCAAGAGGUGGUUAUGGCGUAAGAGGUUUAGUGAACCUUGGGAACACAUGUUUCUUUAACUCUGUGUUGCAGAACCUUCUUUCUUUGGAUCGGUUACGUGACGGCUUGUUGAGAGAGGAGGACCAGUGUUGUGACGGGCCUUUAGUUUCCUCCCUGAAGAAGCUGUUCACUGAAGCAACAUCAGAAGCAGGCUUGUUCAAUAGUGUGAUAAACCCAGUAGGCUUUUUUGGUUCUCUCUGUUCUAAGGCUCCCCAGUUUAGGGGAUAUCGGCAGCAAGACAGUCACGAGCUGCUUAGGUGUCUGUUGGAUGGUUUGAGCAUCGAAGAAUCAAGCCUGAGAAAGAAACUCGAUGUUUGUUGUGAUAGCGAGAAACCUACUCUCAUAGAUUCUGUAUUCGGAGGUGAAGUUUCAAGCACCGUAUCUUGUUCGGAAUGUGGACACUCCUCAAAAGUGUAUGAACCCUUUUUGGACCUCUCUUUGCCUCUUCCCUCCAAGAAACCACCUCCGAGAAAGCAACAAACCAUCUCCCAGGAAGAGAGAAGUAAACUUCCAACACCAACUAAGGUCCUUGAGAAUGUGACAGACUGCAAAGACUCAACAGAACCUGUAUCAACUGUUGCCCUAAUAGACAAUAAGCAGGUCCCUGAAAUUUUUGUAACACAAAGUGAUUUGGAAGAAGUUGAUAGCUUUUGGUUGGAAUCUUUUGGAAUAGAAAUCUCUCACAACAAUGAGACCGAUCUGGUUUCUCAAGGUGAUGCUAGUGAUACUGCCCCACUAACACAGUCUGUAGGUAGCACAGAAAGGAUGAUGCAUGAUAAUGCAAAACCGGAUAAAGAGGAUGCACAAGCUAUGCAGUGUAGCAAAGACACAGCUUCAAGUGGUAUAUCAGCAGAUAUUAGUGAGACUCGAGUAUGCGCUGAUGAAGAGGUUCCUUUGCUGGUUGCAGAUUCUCAAGUUCUGAAUAUGCCUUAUAAAGAUGAUAAAACAGCUGCAGAAGACAAGGGUGAGGCUUCCUCGUCAUAUGUGAAAGGCCACCAUGAAAAAACCGUAGAUUAUGUUGACUUUAGCUGGUUUUUUGAAGAGCCAGACGUCUCCUGUGAUGAUGACAAAACAGUUAGGGAAUGUGAGGAUGAAGUUUCCUCUUCACUCAUGAGCAGCCACCAUGGACAAACGAUUGACAAUGUUGACCUUAACGAGCCUGACAUCUCCUGUAAUGCUAAAACAGUUAGGGAACGUGAGGAUGAAGUUACCUCGUCACUUUUGAGCAGCCACCAUGGACAAACCGUUGAUUAUGUUGACCUUAACGAACCUGACGUCUCCUGUAAUGCUAAAACAGUUAGGGAACGUGAGGGUGAAGUUACCUCGUCACUCGUGAGCAGCCACCAUGGACAAAAGAUAGAGAAUGUUGACCUUAACAAACCUGACGUUUCCUGUAAUGAUAAAACAGUUAAGGAACGUGAGGGUGGAGCUUCCUCUUCAUUUGUGAGCGGCCACCAUGAACAAAAGAUACAGAAUGCUGACUAUCACUGGUUUUUUGACGAGCCUCUGAUAUCUAAAGGACCAGUUUUUGGACCACCAACUAAAGCUGAAGUUUCUGAAGCCGGUUUUUGGACCACCAACUCUGAUGCUGAAGCUGUUCUUGAUGAUUCGGAUUCACCAGUAUCUGUAGACACCUGUUUGGAUCUGUUCACCAAGCCUGAGAUUUUGUCAGAAGACAAUGCUUGGCACUGUGAGAACUGUUCGAGAAACCUAAAACUCCAACGGUUGAGAGAAAAGAGAGAAAGAUUUGGCUAUGGAUGGGUGUAUGAUAAUGGUUUUGAUGAGUGUGGAGAUAAUCUAUUCAACCAAUCCUUUAUAGAUUUCAGUAACUGGGAUACCAUGUGGGAUGAUAAGUCAGAGGAAGUGAUUGUAAGAAGCGCUGCAACUAAAAGAGUACUUGUAAACAAGGCACCACCUGUCUUGACCAUUCAUCUCAAAAGGUUUAGCCAAGACGCCCAAGGCAGGCUAAGCAAGUUACGUGGCCAUGUUGCUUUCAAUGAGUAUAUCGAUCUUGGCCUAUAUAUGGAUAUGGACUACUCUAGGUUGACCGAAGAAGACCAGCCGGUUUACAUGCUGUCCGGGUUAGUGGAGCAUUCAGGGACAAUGAGGAGAGGUCACUAUGUUGCUUACAUUAGAGGAGACGAUAAGGAGAGGAGAGACUCAUCCGUAUGGUAUCGUGCAAGCGACUCUUUUGUAAGAGAGGUUUCUUUUGAAGAAGUUCUUAGUUGUGAGGCGUAUAUCUUAUUCUACCAACGUAUCUGAGAACUCAGCAGCAGCAGGCCAAGUAUCUUUUGAUGUUCUUCGUUCACAGUUUGUGCUGGUGAAUAGAAGAAGAAAUAGAACAGAGAUUAUCAGUUUUUGUUUCUAUUUUCUUGAACCUAUCACUGAGAUUCUUUUAAUAUGUAAUUGAGUUAUUAACUUAAACUAUAAACUUGGCCUUGAUUAUAGACUUCGUUA